GUGAUGUCAUUGCUUCCGCCCUGCUUCCUUUUUGGAGAAUCCAAAAUGGAGUAAGAUGGGCUUUUGAAAACACAGGGAGUGUUUUAUUUUUUUCUCCUCUCCCUAUUAUUAUUUGCAAUAGCAGUGGCAGCAGCAGCUUUAAGGCCGGUUUACAGUUUGCAGAAGCAUCCAGCUCUGGCCCCCGCAGCGGCUUCAUGUGCAGAGAGCAGCGGCUCGCAGGCGGCGCUGCCCCGGGGAAAGACGGCAGGAGCCCGGAGCCAGCAGAGAUAAUGUGACUGUACUAGCGGGGAGCAGAGCGAGCAGGGGCCGGAGGGGCAGAGGAGGAGGAGAAGGAGGGGCAAAUACCCCGCCACCACGAAUCAACAACUUUUCAACUAGAGCAGCAAGAUAGAAGAAUGAAGUUUGCAGAAAUGUCCGCGACGGCUCAACAAAAAUGACCGAGCAAUCGCAUCCAGAUCAUGACAGCUACAUCGUACGUGUCAAUGCUGUGGUUAUGACCAGAGAUGACUCUGGAUGGUUACCACAGGAAGGAGGUGGACUCAGUCGAGUUGGUGUCUGUAAGGCCAUUCAACCAGAGGGUACUGGGAGAAGUGAGUUUCUCAUCCUUGGAGAACGACUUAAAGACAAACUGAUUGUACUGGAAUGUUUCUUGAAGAAAGACUUGGUGUACACUAAACCAACACCCACGUUUCACCAUUGGAUGGUUGACAACAGGAAGUUCGGACUUACGUUUCACAGUCCUGCUGAUGCGCGAGCGUUUGAUCGAGGAGUGAGGAAAGCAAUUGAGGAUCUGACAGAAGGAUCAACCACAUCAUCUUCAACAAUUCAGAAUGAAGUGGAGGUUGGUGACGAUGAUGUUUUUACAGCUGCAACAGACAGUUCUUCAAACUCAUCGAACAGGAAGGAGCAGCCAGCAAGGGUGCUGACUCCCACAGUCAGUGACACUCACCGGCCCCUCUGUCCUCUGAGGCACACGCUUGAUCAUUACAGCCCUGACCACUACCUCCUGGAACAGUCUGUGCCGAAGCAACGCCAUGUCAGUUUUCGAGACGACGAAGAAGAAAUUGUCCGCAUUAAUCCACGAGAAAAAGCAUGGUUAAAGGAGAGAUAUGAGGACUACAGGUAUGCAGCAGUGCGUCCAAAAUACAACGACCACGGUGAUGUGGAUUCCUACGUACAUUUUGACAAAAGUGAUGCUUCAAAGCAUGAUUACAAUUAUCCUUACGUAGAGAGCUCUGAUUUUGGAUUCGGUAAAGAUUUGAAAAGUGGUGUGGUGAAGACUCAGCCUAUGCCCUCAAAGUCAAAACUCCGCCGGAGGAUAGACGAGGGCGAAAGAUCGAGAUGUGUGUACUGCAGGGACAUGUUUAACCAUGAGGAAAACAGAAGGGGCCAAUGCCAAGAUGCCCCGGAUCCUAUUCGAACCUGCAUCCGUCGAGCAAGCUGUAUGUGGUGUGCGGACAGCAUGCUGUAUCACUGCAUGUCCGAUCCGGAGGGAGAUUACUCAGACCCUUGCUCGUGUGACACCAACGAUGAGAAGUUUUGCCUUCGUUGGCUGGCAUUGAUAGCCUUGUCAUUCAUCGCUCCCUGUAUGUGCUGUUACCUUCCCCUCCGAGCGUGCUACAAAUGUGGGGUGAUGUGCAGGUGUUGCGGUGGAAAACACAAAGCAGUUGGGUGACUUGUGUCUGUUUCUGCGGAACAUCAGUUCCUGAAGCACAUUUUUGGUCUGGAGAAUUCUGAUCGUAAGUUUGAUGCAGUUAAUGUCACCAGUCUCUCUGGAAUACACUCAUCUCUGAAACUGCAAGCCCAUAGGUGACUGUGUCCUUCCAACGUUAAACAGAACUAAUGAUAACAAGUAGACUUUUCUAUCAUGAAUAUAUAUAUAAGAAUGUCUCACAAUUGUUUAUAAUUUUUUUAAAAUCUAAAGCGGGUGAGAGCUGAAUGAUGUGUGUUGUGGUUUGGAGAUGUCAUGUGGAACCAGGGUGGGCAUUUGAUGGUUUGCUACACCGUGAUGUGCCAAGGUGUGCUGUCCUAGCUUGCCAACAGGAUGUAGCAUUAAACAAGUAAGCUGGCAUGACCAACUGAGACACUUCACCUGUAGUCGGGUAUCGUAUAUUACCUUUUUUUCAAAAAGAAAGUGUGCUAGUAAACUUGUACCACAACACAGUAUUGUCAUUACUGUAUGAAGCCAAAAUAAUGCUGCUUGUUAAUUGCACCUAAUUUCUCUUCAACACUCUGACACUUACUAAAAAUCUAACUGUAGAUAUCACCCUCUUCAGCACAGUUCUUAAAAUAAUAAUGAACUUGCUUUUGACUAAUCGCUGAACUCUAAAGCAAUUAUUGAAUCUCAAGAUGUAACACUUAUCCCCACUUGUUUUUACUAUAAUGGUCAAUGGUAAAUUUGGUUUCUGUCAAAAUGUUGAAUUUUGAAAAACAGUAGAAAUGCUUUUCUAGUUAAGGGGUUCCUUGAGUAGAGUUCUCAUUUCAAUUGUCAAUACACUAAAGUUUAUCUGAUAAUACUAUAUAACCAAGCUCCCUGACUGCUUGGUCUCUUAUUUACACAGCCUUGUAGCCAGUACAAUCAGAGAGCACAAUGUUAGUUCACUACAUUUAGCAGGGUGACUGAAGUAUAAGACCCUUGCAUUCUAUUAGUUCUUAAUACUCUGGCCAUCUGAUUUCACUAACCUAGUUUGCUGACCUCUGCCUUCUACAGUCUUUUCUCGAGUGAGCCACAGGGAGAGGUUACCACAGACUGCUCAGUCGUUUCUAUUACUUGUGCCAUUGAUUUGGACGUAAACCAAACCAAGGCCUAGCCAACUGUACUGUAUGGAUUUUGCAUGUGACUGGAAUUCCAAGUUUGACAGACAGUUUCGCAGAGCAUUAGUGAGGAAAUACUGGGUCAAUUUUGGAAGAUCCAAGUUGACUUUUUUUUUGAAAAGCACAAAGUGUCCUAGAAAAUAAGGAUUUUUGAAGCCUUACAAACUUGCAGUCACUGUGACUGUAAACAUCAUGGGGUGGGGGGUGGGUAUUUGUGGGAGAGAGAGAACUUCCUUCAAAAUCUUAAUUGCUCAGGUUAAUAGGGGUAGUGCAUAAACCAUCAAGUAGAAAGCUUUAUGCUUUGAAAGAAUAUUUUUGUAACACUGGGACUAGCCUUUUAUUUAUUUGAAAAGCGGCAGUUUUAGCUCAGCAGCAUGGUACAAUCUGGUCUAUUUUAGUUUAAGGCAGCUAGCAAACAGGUCUGUUGGAACUUGCCAUCCUGUUCAUGGUUAAUUACCGAUGGUUCACCAUCUUGCCCCUUCUUCCAUUGUGUAACCAACAUAAGAUUUUAAAACAAGACUUCCAUGCCAAAAAAUGAGGGCUGCACGUAAGUCCGACAGGGUAAUCUGUUGACCAGUGCACAAGUCAUUGUAUUCUGUUGCUGCAUCUGCAUUUUUUUGCUCAUUGAAUACUUCUGACACGCAUGCAGCACAGAACUGCUUGCAUAAUUGUAUCCUGUAUGCAUGCUUUUUUUUAAAAAGCUUUGGAUAAUGACAGAACUGAUUGAUUCAGUGUGCAUCACAAGUGAAAAUUGACAACUUCAUCUGGGCAUUAUUCUCCCAACACCAGUGUGAAAAGCAUUACAGCGGUGGCUGGCCCGAAAUAAUAACUGAGAACAUCUCGUGUAAAGGGAUUAUCACCCUGAUAUUUUAUCUGCACAGAAACUUCGCAAAUUGUGAUUUCAGUUUUAUUAAAAUCACCAUGUGGUCUUAACUACAUUGGAAUACAACACAUAUAUGGGCUUAAAUCAACACUAAUAUUUCCGGAGACUUUGCAGUAAUCCAGCAGCUCACUGGUAUAACAUAGAUAAGGUGCCUCCACAUCUGACACCACAUGGACAUGCGAUUUGGAUCCAUCUGGUCAGUUUAGCUUCUUCCCACGCAUACACACUGUAAAUUUGUAAAUUGAGGUAUGCAGUCUAUGGUAAUGGAGCUGAGCUAGAGUUUUUUUUAAAUAUAACUCUCAUCUGUCAUCCACACUGAUGUUGAAUAGUGGUGGUAUUCCUCCCAAUCAGCUUUGCAAUACAAAAGACAAUUGUUGGGGGUGGGGGGGGUCACAGGGUGGUGGGUGAAAAACAAAUCAAAUUUAUUUUUGUAUCUGUGGUAAGAAAGUUAACCAAAAGCUGUUGUUUGUGCAGUCUUCAGCCAAUGCACACCUUAAAGGAUUAAAAGAAAGUGCCUCCACUAUCUUGUAUACUAAAAACCCUGUUGUAUUGAUUAUUAGUUUUUUUUACAAUAAGCAUUUUUACCUCUGUAAAAAAACAAAUAUCGUGUAUGAUGUACAUUUUAGUUCUAUUUUUUUUAUUGUUUCUAAUGUAUGAUCAUGAUGUAGCCCUUGCUUUUCCAAUGUACUGUGUAAAUAUGAAUACAUCAUAUCAAAACUACAAAAUAAUGACCUGACCAGUACAUAAUUCUUCUACAUUUAUGUCAUAUCUUAAAUAUGUACCUUGGCAGAUCAGAUGGCAAUAAAAUGAAAGGAACAUUGAUGUUCAAAAU